AUGGAAACGAGUCUCUUUGAUACGGCCUUAACACAUGGCCUCUCUAUUAACGAGAUGCUAUCAGGCAUCUUUGGUAGCAUUAGUUUAACAGCAUGGAUUUGCUUGCUGCUUCCACAGCUCAUCACCAACUACAAGGCGAAAAGCGCCGAGGGUCUGUCUAUGGCAUUUUUAGCUGUCUGGCUCUUCGGCGACAUUGCAAACUUGUCAGGCGCCCUCGUAACUGGUCUCGCGCCCACGGCGACUGCGCUCGCGGGCUACUUCUGUAUUUCCGACAUUAUCCUUAUCAGCCAAUCGCUGUACUACAACACGAUUAAUGCGCGAAAGGCUCGCCAGCGUACUCGCUCGACCGAAACCAACGCCACAGAAGACGAACCCUUACUACAACCUCGAAGGAGGUCGUCUAGUGGUCUUCCCGGCUCGCAUCGCCGCCACUCGAUCCACCACUCCGAGUCUGGUCUCGAUCCUAUUAAGAGAAUCGUUACGGGCGAGGAUGAGACCCCCGAUAGUAAUCCCUGGUUGCAUAAUGCUCUAAGCGUUGCGGCGAUUUAUAUUGUCGGUGCUGCUGGCUGGUUCGUGUCGUAUAAGGUCGGCGCCUGGGAUAAGCCCGACGAUUUUGAGGAACCCAGUGCCGAGUCACCUGUUGCUGUACUAGGACUCGUUCUAGGAUAUGCAAGUGCCGUGUGCUAUCUAUGCGCGCGACUCCCCCAGAUUGCUAAGAAUUACAGAGAGAAGUCUUGCGAGGGUCUUGCUCUACUUUUCUUCCUGCUAUCUCUUACCGGUAACCUAACUUACGGCUUGAGCGUCUUCAGCUAUUCUCCCGAACCGGCUUACAUCAUUAAAGCUAUCCCUUGGCUCCUUGGGUCUCUGGGUACCAUUGUUGAGGACUGCAUUAUCUUUUACCAAUUUAGAAUCUACUCUAAGAGCCCACAGUCGAAGUCCAACGGGGUCGACGACACUGCAUAG